AUUGAGGAAAGGCCAGAAAAAGACUUUGAGAAGGGAGCACGUACUGUUUCCAGUUUAUCAGCAGCUACCUUAGCUUCUCUGGGUGGGACUUCUUCACGAAGAGGCAGUGGGGAUACAUCAAUCUCAGCUGAUACAGAGGCAUCUAUUAGAGAAAUUAAGGAUAUCUAUGAGUUAAAGGACCAGAUUCAGGAUGUAGAAGGCAAAUACAUGCAGGGACUGAAAGAACUGAAGGACUCUCUAGCCGAAGUUGAAGAGAAAUAUAAAAAGGCUAUGGUGUCAAAUGCUCAACUAGACAAUGAAAAAACAAAUUUCAUGUACCAAGUAGAUACCCUGAAGGAUGCACUCUUAGAGUUAGAAGAACAGUUGGCAGAAUCCAGGCGGCAAUAUGAAGAAAAAAGUAAAGAAUUUGAGAGGGAGAAGCAUGCCCAUAGCAUAUUGCAGUUUCAGUUUAUGGAAAUGAAAGAGGCUUUGAAGCAACGAGAAGAAAUGCUUGCAGAAAUCCAACAGCUGCAACAGAAACAGCAGAGCUAUGUCAGGGAAAUUUCUGAUCUUCAGGAGACAAUAGAGUGGAAAGACAAAAAAAUAGGGGCAUUAGAGAGGCAGAAAGAUUUCUUUGAUUCCCUAAGGAGUGAGCGGGAUGACCUUAGAGAUGAAGUGGUUGUGCUGAAGGAGCAACUGAAGAAACAUGGAAUAAUCCCAGACUCUGACAUAGCCACCAACGGGGAGACAUCAGACAUUCUUGAUAACGAAGGGCACUUGGAUUCUUCCAAAACUGUUCCAGGCACAACUCAGGCGUUAAAGACAGGAGGGGAUGGGAUGCUAGGCAAAGCCAAUGAAGUGGACAUGAAAAAUGAGAUUUUGGAGGAUGUGGGGAAAAGAGAAAUCUUGCAGAAUACUGAGCACAAGGAACACAAAGAGGAGUCUGAGGAGCAGGAAGUACAGACAUUGCAUGCUGAUGAAAAUGCAGAGGCAGAGAACAUGGUUGAAGAACGUGAUGUCCUGCCAACAGUGAUGUUACCAGAGAGUAGGCUUACAGAACAAACUCAAAGCCUUACAGAACAUGUGUCAGGGAGCACUUCUUCAAAUGAUGGUAGUGACGCAGGUGAAUUGAGAAAGGAGACAGAGUCCACAGGCACAGCGGUCCAACGGGCUGUUAGUACUGAGGCUCAACACCAUGACUUAAAUACAAGGACAAAUCAGAACUCGGAGGUGGGCUCACUGCAAGGUCAUCAGGUUCUUGAGACUCCUCAGGAAAUGCCUAGUGUCUUAGGUAGAGAGCAUCAACUGGAAAAAGCUGCACCUGAACAGGAAGAACAAAAGGAUCUUCAAAGUAGCCCUGGCCUGAGUGAUAACAAAAUGGAUCAGGAUGCCAACAUUGCAAGUGAGAGCUGUGAGUUGGUUUCUAACCAGGCAGGGCUACCAGAGGUUACAGUAGUGGGAUUGCUUAGUGGAGAGGUAAAUGUGGAGAGUCAUGCUGAGGGACUCCAGGACUCAGAAGAAAAUGCUGAAAACAAGAUUACAAAUGCCUUGGAGGAAGAGCUUGUUGAAAGCAAAGACUGCAGUGAUGGGAGAAUUGAGACAACAGGAGGUGAUAAAGCUGAGGAAGAAAAUGAGGUUGGGAGCUCAGUUCAGGGUCAGACGAGGGAAAUGGAGUCUGUGGGCUUGGAGGGGACGGACUCAUGUGAAAGGGGUGUCCCAGCAGAUGCAAGUGAAAAGGAAGAUGGUGGAGAUCAGGCAGACACCCAACCAGUUCCUUCAGAGGAGAGUCCUUUAGCAUCAUCAGAGGAACAAAAUAUGCGAGAUAAAACUGAACCUGAAAGUGCUGUGGCUGAGGACAGACAGAGGGAAGCAUCAGUGGAAGAGCUGGAGAUGUGUUCAGAUUCUCCAGAAACAGGCGAGCAAGGUAAGGCAUCUGUGGAGGCUGUAGGCUGUCUUACUGAGGUAAAAGGAAGUGUGCUGCAGCAGGCAGAACCAGACACAGAUGUUGUGAAAGAGGUGACGGCUCAGGAAACCAGUUUAGACCCAAGUCUUUUAGAUGAUAAAACUCAGGAGUCAGAAUUGGAAACAGGAGAUGAGUCUGGGAAAGGAAAGGAAAAUGGGACAGAACGGGUAGAAGAUUUAAAGCCAAAGGUAGAAGAUCAAACAGUUCAGUGCAGUGAAGAAACAACGGGUGAUAGAGUGGGAGAGAAAAAUACUCCUUUGGAAGGUGAAGCACAGAAUGUAGUUAAACAAGAGGAUGGUGAAUCUAAAGAGGUGUCAACUGUAGAUGUUAGUGCCACUACUGAAAUCAAAGCUGAUAAGGAAACACUGAAAGAAAAAGAGCAAGAGUUAGAUCUUGCAGACCACCGUGGUGGUGGAUUUGCUUCUGAAGAAGGUGCAGUUAAUUCCCUGGUGCGGAAAGCUGAGCAGGAUGAAAAUGUUGGUGAACAAGUUAAAUUGGAGGGUCAAGCAGAGGAAAGACUGGAAGAUGAUGGUGAUGCAUUUGAUUUUGAUGAAGAGUCAAAACAGAUACUAGAAACUGAUGAAGACUGUGAUGGAGAGAAAGCUGAUCCACAGGAAGGAGAGGAUGAUGGAGCAAAUGAUGCUGUCGGAGAAACUGCCCAAACAGCCAAAGCCAGAGAAGGAACAGACAAAACAGAAUCUGAAAAUGCAUUGACUGAAGAUGACAGCUUGCAGCAUGAAAAAGGAGAUGAGCUUGAAGAAACAGGCUGCCUGCAAGGGGAAGCAUCACGGAAAACUGAUGAGAAGACUGAUGUGAUGGAAGAUGAAAUCAGAGCAUCAGAUUCUAAUAAAGUGGAAAAAAUACCAGAUGAAAAUAUUUUGGAACAGGAUUUGGGCAGUGCUGUCCUUAACAAGGAUGAAAGCAAGGAGGAUUUGCAGGGUGGUAGAAGGGGUAAGGGUAAGUCCAGAGAUGACUGUACAAUAUCCUAA